AUGGUUGACUUGUUGGUGUUUCUCCUUGUUAAUCAGCAAGAGCCUGCUACACUUCAAAUGCAGUGCACCUAUACAGAGUUCCUACCCCCAAACUAUGUGGCUCAAGCUGGGCUCAUCGAGGACUUUGGGUGCUCCACCAGUGGGACUGAACUGGAGGCUACGGAGGCUACACACGUCACCUUCAAAGCCAUCCGUCCUCCCUGUACUCUAGCAUACGACCCUUACAAUUAUGAACACCCUGUCUCAGCAGAGAUCAAAGAGCUAUUUCAGUGCAUUACACAGUACACCCCCCAGACUGUUGCCCUGGACCAUAAAUUAAUUCCAUCCCACUACAUUGCCAUUCAGAAAGUUGUUUCUUAUCAUCAGGUUCCUCAGCCAGAUGGGAAACUGGAUAAUCUGGGCUUGCUAGUUUUGGAUGAGCCCUCCACCAAACAGUCAGACCCCACUGUAUUAUCCUUGUGGCUUUCGGAAAACAGUAAACAGCAUAAUGUAAGUCAGAAUAUGCACACACACACACACACGCGCAUCCAGACCCGUAACAUGCUAGCUCAGAUACAAAGUGUGGAGAAUCCAGAGAAAGAUCCCAAAGUUACUGAAAACUGGAUCGAGAGCAUCAGUGAGCUGCAUCACUCAAAGCCUCCUGCCACGGUCCAUUACACCAGACGAGUACUCAUGCCAGACGUUGAUACUUUGAUGCAGGACUGGCCACCAGAGUUUGAAGAGCUUCGGGGCAAGGAAGAGCCCGUUACACUGCAGUUGCAGUACGUCUACACAGACUUCCUACCCCCAAGAUUUGUGAGUCAGUCUGGGCUGAUUGAGGACUUUGGGUACUCCACCAUCGGGCCUGAACCGGAGCCUACACAGGAAUCUCAGAUCACAUGA